CUGCCUCUUCUAUUUCCGUUUUUUCGGAUUUCUCUAGGGGUAUAUUAAUUUGUGACUAAUGCCACUUCCAGUAAACGCAGAGCCUGGGGCAAUUUCCGGGCAGCAGCAGCAGCAGGUACAACGGCAGCAGUCUUAUAAUUUCUCGAAUGCUAUUCCUAUCAAGAAGAGAAGAUUUCCGAUAUUUCGGCCAUCAUCUCCUACCCCAGAAGAAUGUAAUACCCCAGAUGGAAUAUCCUUGAGUGAUAAAAUAAACAGAGCUUCUCCUGGUAAUUCUGAUGUGAGCAAGGCUUCUGCUUCAAUCAUUAAAAAAGAAGUUAGUACUAGUGCAGAUGCAGAACUGGGACAAUCGAAUGUGGACGAUUUUGCAUCAAAAUCUCAGGAGGCAAAGCCAAUUGUUAGUUUAGGUUCUAAAGAUGAUUCGGGGGGUCAAACUAAGCCUACAGUUUCAGAAAGUUUGGGUGUUCGGAUAAAUGUUAAGCAGGAAACUGGCGGUGGACAAACUGUAGGUACUGGUACACUUGAUCUUUCGACGGGUUUGAUGAAUGUUGAGUUGUCAUUAGGACUCAAAGAAUCACUUGUUCCUGCUUUUACACAUGAAAACAGAGAAGGUGUUUGCCAAAAGUCUGACCAGUCAGAUCCUUCUACAUUGAGCUUGGCUUUAAACGAAGAAAAGCUUCUUCUGAAUGACAACAAUGGUAGCAAGAAAGAAGUUGUUGGUACUCGGGUAUGUAGUAAUCGAUCAAAUUGGGAUUUGAACACGACCAUGGAUGUUUGGGAGGGCUCUACGGGGAAGACCAGUACUUGUCAUAACGAGAAAUCUUCUCUGACUACAGCUGGUACCGGUUUGAAUAAACGAAAAAAUGCUGUGGAUGAUCGCGCAUCCAAUUCUUCUAAUGUGUUUGUACAAUCUAACAAGCAGUAUAAGACUGAUAAUUCCCUUGGUCUUGGGCUUGGUAUGGCGCACAGAGAAUUGGAUGCAAUUGGUGAACAUACUAACUUUGUCUCAACCAGUGCUGGUCCGAAGUUAAAUUUGCAACAGGUUCCAUCAACUAUGAAUGUGAAUAGGUCCGUGAAAUCAGAACCCGUUGAAGAGAGUUCAAAACGUGACUGUAGCGUAGGUAGUUGUAACAGCAGUAAUACGGGAUUAUUGAAGUUAAGUUCUGUGAAGAGAGAAUCUGUAAAUAACGCCGGCCAGGAAACUUUAUUGCAAUUAUCUGUUCCUCCGAAGAAAUUAGUUGUUUCUGGAUCAAUAAAAUCUGAACUAGUCCAAGAGGAUAAUCAGGGAGCCCACAAGCCUAAAGAUACUGUACUAUCUCAAUCUGUAAGGGUUAUGCAGCAUCAAGAAAGCUGUGCAUCUUCUUCUGCUCUAUCAGUGUCUUUGAUGCCUCAGAGUUCAAGUCCUACGGAGUUAACUAUGAGCAGAGAUUUAUUAAAUCAAUCUGAGCAUUCCUUUCACAGUAAAGGAUUGCAUGACCACAAUGAUAUACCCGAUGAACGGAUUGAUGGUGCGGUUUCUAAACUUGCCAUGCAGGAUAGCAAGCAAUUAAAGCCAUGCAAGAUAGGUAGUUCGAGUGUAGUAGGUCCUGAGAAGUGCAAAUUGGCUCGGGUUGAUGAGGAUACUGUUGAACCAUGCGAUUAUGGCGUGGUAACUGCAAAUGACGAGGAAAAGAUUAACAUAUCAGCAGCUGAAAUGCUUGAAGAAGAUUCUUUUGAUUCUGGUGUUAAAUCAAAGAAAAACCGUGCUGUUGAUACUUCUAUUGAUGUAGGAAAAAACAUUUGUGGUAAACAAGAUGAAGAAUAUGAGGAUGGAGAGGUUCGAGAGCCUAUAGACUAUUCAGCCGGGAAAGAUUCAACUGUUGAUGUGAAGAAGACGAAGAAUUCUUCUCCUCUUUCAGGUGAACGAUCUGAUUUUAAAGGAAAAGAUUCUACAAUGGAAAAUCACGAUAAAACUCAAAAUAAUCCAAAUAGAGAGUCUACGAGUUUUAAUUAUGAGCCUGACAGUGAAUGUAACUAUGUGCAAAAAUUAUCAGACAAUCUGCUGGAUGAAAGAAUCGACGAGAAGAGAUCCAUUAGUGUCACGCCAGAUAAACUACUUGAUUCGUCAGCAAGAAAAGAGGUUGAAGUGUCUCCCGGAAAACAAGUCUCCACUGAGAGACCAAAUAAUGGAAGCCAUGGUACUGGUGUUGAAGUAGGUGAGGGGACUACCGAUAAGGUCGCUAAAGAAAUCUGCUCAGGAGAAAAUGAUCCGAAGGUGGAAACAUCUUUAAACGACCAUGAUGCUGCUAAAGAUUCGAACAGCUUAUCGAACAAGAGCCGCAUCAUAAAUUUAUCUCGUGCUUUGGUUGUGACAUCUCCUUGUAAAACAAGAUCUUUUCCGAAUAGGUCGCUGCCAUCACGAAGUGGAAAAGAAAGAUGCUCUGAUCCUGAAGGAGAUAUGCAACCACGGGGGAGUAGAAAUGAAUUCUACAAUGGUGGACCAAACAAAUUCUCGAAAGACAGGUUUCAUGACCAGCCAUUCAGGAAUUCAAGGCCAAAUUUCAUGCGUGGAAAGGGGAGGUCUGGCCGCUUUGGCUCCGUGCGCAAUGAAUGGAACUCUGAUCACAACUUUGGAUCCGAAACUUCUUAUGGCCCAUCUGAUUACCAUGCUGUAAGACGUAAACAUACUUCUGAGACUGAGCACGAAUUAAAUGGCUUUCGUAGCCCACAAGAUGGUCCUAGUAAUAGAAGGAAGCCAUUGAAUAAUGAUGAAUUUCCUUCACUACGCCGACCAUCCUUAAGGAGGGUCUCUCCUGGUGACAAUAGAGAUGGUCCAAUGACAAGGGGUAUCCCAAUGCUACGCAGAUUUCCAAGAAAUACUAGCCCAAGUCGUUGCAAUGUGGAUGCCAAUUCUGAAGCGAUGGGAAUUCGGCAUAUGCGGCAUUUACCUGAUGAUGUAAUCGAUCCUGUUUACAAUCGUCCACAACCUACAUAUGAUGAACUUGACGGUCAAAUGGUGAGAGGUAACAGAAAUUUCUCCACCGUGCAAAGAAAGGGUUAUCCUCGAAUUCGUUCGAAAUCCCCUGAUAGACCUCGAAUACGGUCUCCUGGUAUGUGGUCAUCUCCUCGGAGGAGAUCUCCCAAUGGGCCUCCAGAAAUAACCCAGCAUAGAUCUCCGGGUAUGUAUAGGAUGGGGAGAAUAAGAUCUCCCGACCGUUCUUGUUUUCGUGAUGAAAUGGUCGAAAGAAGACGCGGUUCUCCUUCGUACGUUGAAAGGCAUCCUAAUGAGUUGAGGGAUGUGGAAUCUGGACGCGAACGCGUGCAUCCUAGGCCUGCCAAUUCCAAUAGGAGGGGCGGGUCACCUGCACGAGUUUUUCCAAGAAAUGGUAGAAGGGCAGAUCCGGGAUUAGUGGAUAACCGAGAGAUGGGUGAUGGAGAAGAAUACAUGAAUGGUCCAUUUCGUGGAGACGGGAGCAUUGAUGAGAGAAGAAAGUUUGUUGAGAGACGGGGACCUAUGCGUUCGUUUCGGCCGAAUUAUAAUAAUGAUGGCGACAAUUUCCGGUUUCAUAUGAAUGAUGGGCCUAGACCAUUCAGAUUUGUUCCAGAUCAAGAUUCGGAGUUUGUUGAGAGAAGUAAUAUGCGAGAAAGGGAGUUUGACGAUGGGAGCAUAAAGCAUCAGUCUUUGGUUGUGAACAGGCGAAUUAGAAAUAUUGAAGAGCAGCAAGAUGGGAAUUACAGGCCCGUUGAACGGGUCUGGCAUGAUGACGAGUUUACUGACGAUAGAAUGAAACGAAGAAGAUUUUGAGUUGCUCAUGCCACCCGUUGCGUAUCUGGAUACUGCAGCCCCUGGCGCAAGCAGCAACUCCGCUAUGAUGUGGAAGCUGCUAAAGUAAUGAAUGAACAUCCAGAUGUUUAGUUUGGUUGAACUUUAGUGAGUAUUAAACAACAUUGCUCAGAUGAGCUUUAUCGGAUUGUUUAAGAUGCUGGAAUUUCUGCAAUAAAUAAUGAUGUAAAUUAUCACCAAGUCUGCAACAUCAGCACAAUGGCUUAAAUGCUCAACUGAGCUGCAGCAACUGGUUGUUCAUGGAUGAUUGGUCUGGAAUUUGUCAAGUUAUUGGCCUAAAACUUGACUUUACUGCAGCAGCAAGUGGAGUCGAAGUUGCCAAUAAUAUGUCGAGUUCUUUAUCUGUUGGUGCUUAUAUCAUGUUGUAAAUUAUCAGGUUCAAGCCUCCAAUAGCUUAUAAUAGCAUUUACUGUCGGUACCCUUCGGGAUGGAGUUUUGCUCCGAAUAUUAAAGAAUUUAUCACAAGUUGCUCUGUAAGUUUGAUAAUUCCCUAUAUAUCUUGUCGAAGGUUGGGCCCAAUGCAUAAUCUAAGAUCCUUCUGUUAAAGAGAUGGUGGUCGUUUAUGAAUGCUCUUGAUGAUUUUGACCUAU